UUUUGGAACCGCCCUCAGUUGCACCUUGUGCUAUAUUAGUACUUCUCAGACAGGAAGAAUUUUCUUUCGCUGGUGUAGCUGGUCCGGUUACUUCCAGGUGUAUAUCCAAGCCCUGCAUCCCUGGAUAUUGCUUACCACCUAUGCUGUUGUUCUAGGACAAAUUCAAGGACAGAAGAACUCAGAGUACCCUUAGGAAGAUUGGAUAACCAAGAAAUGCCUAAUCAAGACUCUGCUGUGCAUGUGAAAAUGAUGCCAGAAUUCCAGAGAAGUUCAGUUCGAAUCAAGAACCCGGCAAGAGUAGAAGAAAUUAUCUGCGGUCUUAUUAAGGGAGGAGCUGCCAAACUUCAGAUAAUAACAGACUUUGAUAUGACACUGAGUAGAUUUUCCUAUGAAGGCAAAAGAUGCCCAACAUGUCAUUAUGUCAUUGACAACAGUAAGCUGGUUACAGAUGAAUGUCGGAAAAAGUUAAUGCAACUAAAGGAAAAAUAUUAUGCUAUUGAAAUUGAUCCUGUUCUUACCAUGGAAGAGAAGUACCCCUAUAUGGUAGAAUGGUAUACUAAAGCACAUGGCUUGCUUAUUGAACAGGCUUUACCAAAAGCUAAACUUAAAGAAAUCGUGGCAGAAUCUGAUGUUAUGCUCAAGGAAGGGUAUGAGAAUUUCUUUGAUAAGCUCCAACAAUACGGUAUCCCUGUGUUCAUAUUUUCGGCUGGUAUCGGUGAUAUACUAGAGGAGGUGAUCCAUCAAGCUGGCGUUUAUCACCCAAACAUCACAGUAGUGUCCAAUUUCAUGGAUUUUGAUGACAAUGGGGUGCUCAAAGGAUUUAAAGGCGAACUAAUUCAUGUAUUUAACAAACAUGAUGGUGCCUUGAAGAACACAGACUAUUUCAAUCGGCUAAAAGAUAAUAGCAAUAUAAUUCUGCUGGGAGAUUCCCAAGGAGAUAUAAGAAUGGCAGAUGGAGUAGCCAAUGUUGAACACAUCCUGAAAAUUGGAUAUCUAAAUGAUAGAGUGGAUGAGCUUUUAGAAAAGUACAUGGACUCUUACGAUAUAGUUCUAGUAAAAGACGAAUCACUGGACGUAGCCAACUCUAUCUUACAGAAGAUUCUAUAAACAAGCAUUCUUCAAGAAGACCUCUGUGCUGUGGGUGCAAUUGAUGCAGGAACUGCUCACCUGUUCAUCUUGCUGAAAGACUUCUAUUUAUAAUACAUUCUUGCUCUUGAAGUUUUUUCUCUACGUUACUGAGGUAUUUUCAGACAUAUUGAAUCCAUCAACUGGAAACUCCUUUUUUCCUCACCUCUCUCAACACACUCCUCAACUAUAUUUUUUAACAGUUAAAAAAAAAAAAAAAAAAAAAAACCUUAAAGGUAAAAUUUGAAAAAUAACUCCAUGAAUUAAUUUCCAGAGUGAAUUUUGUAGUUUAAUGUUAUCAUGAGGUUUUUGAGGAAACUUUUUACUCUGGGAAAAAAGUCUGUAUAAGUUUAAAAAGAAGUUUUAUGAAAUGGUGAAAUAAUGUGCAUGAUUUUAAGUGUUGCUGUUUUUGUCAUGUGGGUGAAUUAUGCUGAUGAUAUCACCAUCUCCUGAAAUUGUAUUAUGUUUGGUUAUUUUGUUCUUGAAAGUCAGUAUUUAUCA